AGCGCCUGCGCAGUAGUGUUGUUUAUGGUGAGGGUGUACCGGAGACCGGCGCCAUCUUUUAGGGUUAGGCCGGCUGCCUACAGGCCUCAUGUAGCCCUGAUUGAACUUGCUACGUAGCCAAGGAUAAACAUGACCUCUCCAUCCUCCUGCCUCUGCCUCCUAAGUUCUAGGAUGAUAGUCAGGCACCAUCAUGCCUGGUUUUCUCCUUACUUAUCUGAUAACUGGGAACAGCCUGUAGCUAUUGAUAUUUCAUAGUGCAUGCACUGACAUGCAUAUUUAUUUACUUUAAGUUUUUUUUUUUCUGUGUGGAAUCGAGCACACUGCUGUUGGGAAUUGAGUCUCACAUUUUAGCCUGUGGGUCAUGGUUCUCAGUCUGGGUAGCACGUGUCCUUACCUGCUGAAGCAUCUCACUGUCCUGUGACAACUAUUUUUAAAAUGUUUAAUGAAUACAUCAAAUUCUUAGCAGUGAAUGUGGCAUGUUGGGAAACUGGGUGUGUGGGGUAACAUAGGGCCUGGGGCUCCCCUUUCCCUUCCCCCAUUCUGAAGUCUUCCUUCAUGCCCAGCUUUCCCAUCCCCCACCCUGACCAGGCUCCUGCCCACUCCCUUGCUCCUCCAUUCCUGAGAAUAAAUGCCCAUCUCCUUUCCUCUCAUGGCCUCUGCUCCACAUGUGACAGGUGGGCUGGUAGGAGGGUCUAACCUGAGGGCAAGCAGGGCUUAGAGUUCUAGCCAGGUCUCCAAAGGGCCUCUGACUCUGUCACCUGCCUUCUGUGGGUGCAUCUUGGGUGGAGAACAGAGACUUUAAGCUAAAGAGGAAGUGGCGGAACUGGCCGGGGAGGAGAAAUGAGAAUUCUCUUACUUCACUUUCCUCCUGGGUGUUCUCAGCUCUCCUCAGGCCUGGCCUUGUGAGGCAGGAGAUCAGAGUCUCUGAGAGCUUUCAUCUAGUUCAGAGCAGGGCUGUAGCUGGAGGAUCCACAGGACUGCACAGGCCUUGCCCAGCUUCUCUCUCAUCCACAGAGGUCUCUGCCUUCCUUAGCAGCUCCUGCAGAACUGGCUGUGGUGGCUCCUGAAUCCUGCCCAGGGUUGCUCUUCUCUCUUCAGAGCGCCCCUCCUUUCUUGCUCAACAUCACAGCUCAGGAGGACUCAGUGAUGGCCUGGGAGCCCACAUACCUGCUCUCCCCAGUGCUGCUGCUGCUCCUGGCCUCAGGCUCCUGGACACAGAAACCAGAGUUACUUCGAGCACAGGAGGGUGAGACUGUUUCUUUGACAUGCUGGUAUGAUUCGCUCUACCACUCCGAUGAGAAGAUCUGGUGUAAGCAAAUAGACAACUUGUGUUACCUCUUCGUCAGCAAAAGUGCCGAGAAGCCAAGAUUCCUCAUCCAGCAGUCUUCUCGCUUCAACUUCUUCACUGUCACCAUGACUAAGCUCAAGAUGAGUGACUCGGGCAUCUAUCACUGUGGGAUCGCUGUAAAUACCAGGAUAAUUUAUCUCAGAAGUAUUCACCUGGUGGUGUCAAAAGCUUCAUCCACAACCACCUGGAGGACAACAACCCUGGCCUCUACCCACAGCCCCGUCACUAACAGCUUUCCAGAUAGCCCGAUGUGGAAGGCCAUCGUUGCUGGGGUGGUCGUGGCUGUUCUGCUACUGCUCACAUUCGUCAUCCUUGUGAUCCUGUACCUGAGGAAAGCUCGAAGAAAGGCCCUGAACGGUGAGCCCGUCCUGCUUGGUUUUGACGACAAGGAAACUGAUCUGAAAGUUCAGAACCAAUGUCACCCUAUCUAUGAAGACUUUUCAGACCAGAAGGAGGAGACCACUAGCUUCAAUCAGCAGACCCACUCCAGUGAGGACACUGGGACCAUCUGCUAUGCCUCUCUCAUCCACCUAAACCGUGUAAACCCUCAGGACUCCAUCUACAGCAACACCCAGCCCUACCCGAAGCCCUCUCCUGACCCACUUCUGACUGUGGAAUAUGCCAGCAUCUCUAGAAACAGACUCGGCUCUUCCAAGCCAGAUUACCCAAGAGGUGAAGACCAGCAACUGAGGGCUGAGCUCCCAGGGCAGUGAGCAUGUAGGUACAACGCUACUGUCCCUGUGGAGGGGCAACUUCCUACACAGAGUUAAGAUGGCCUCAGAUGACAGAGGACACACUUUCUUCAAGGAAGGUGACUGAAAGUGCCAUCCAGAAGGACUCUGGAGCCCUGUUCUCACCCUUCUGGAGGCCUAGGACCAAUGCUGCUAACACAUUCUGUGUGGAAGAGAGAUGGGUCGGCGCCUCUGAGUGACCUUAACCUCCCUUCCUUGUGUGACCACCACUUCCUUCCCCCCUGGUUCAUGAAAUCGAAGCCGGUUGCACAAGUUCCUCAGGAACUUUAGGCAGAACUAUGACAUUCUGCCCAACCCCCAAUCCCUCCCACACCAGCCUGACCCUUGUUUCUAAAACCAUCCUGCUCAGGGAACUCUGGUGACCUUGCUAGGAUGAAUACUAAGAUGUAGGCGGUGAUCUUCUGAGGUAUUUCCAACCAUGUCAAAAGUGGGAACUUCCUUACCAUAGCCAGCCACACAUCUCUGUCAGAACACCUGGGCUCCCCGGCCUUCUAGAGGACUAGCAUUCACUCUGCAAACUGUGUCUACCUGUACCACCUAAGACCACACGCUCCUUCCAGGGUCCUAGCACUGAAGAUGCUGUUCCUGGACGCGGACUGCUCACCCCUAUGAGGCAGACCCUUGGGGGGGAUGGGGUCCCUAUGAGGCAGACCCCCGGGGAGCAGGGAGAUGCAGCUACAGAGAAGGAAGGGAUGCUGUGAGUGUGGCCCUGUUCCUGAGCACUCUGCCUCACCCUGCCUGCCCAUGCCCUCCUCCUAUGAUGCAGAUUUGCCUGGGGGAGACAGGAUGCUUACCACCUCCAGCCUCACACCCAACUCCAUCUCGCUCCUGGGUUAUUGGUCUCUGCUCCUGAUUUCAGUUGACCUGUGGUCCUUCGUGCCUCCUAACUGCAGCCGUGCUCUUGGGCCAUGCUUCAGUCAACACCGUCUCCUGGAAGCCUGCUUUCUAUUGUACAUUCCUUGAAUUGCUCUUCUUGGCUAUGGCUCAUCCUGAAGGUUGGGCUUCUCAUGAGCUGUCAAAACCCAAAAGGGUUUUUCAGACUGGAGCUCCUGGUGCUGACUAAGCAGUAUUCGCUGGGUCAGUAUCAAUAGAUACUUAGGACUCCCAGGACCUACACUCAAGCUUGAGGACAAGAGAGAUUGAUUGUAGGAUGUAGUUGGGAAUACUUAUAAUGUGUCCCUUUGCCUCUAUAUGGAUGAAGAGCCUAAACGCUCCUAUUUACAUGCAUUCCUCCAUUUUACAGAUGGAGAUAUACUGAGGCACGGGGAGACUUGGUCUCACAGGUAAUAAACGGUAAAUUGCCGAUGAUGUUGAUUUUUGCCACUGCA